GUCACACGUGUAGAUAACGCAUUAUACCGUUUUUAUUUGUGUAUAACAUGUCAGAUUUCAUAGAAAAUCAAGUUCAAUCGUUACUCGCCGGACAGGUGUUAGAAACGGAUGAUACAUGUAAUGUACAUGUUCUUGCGAGUGACACAGUAGGUGCAAAAUCAGGUCAACUGACAUCACACAUUCCUAUUUGCCUGAAAACGGUGACGUAUAUCGUUGCCGCUGUUGUCAUAAAUGACCAGGGUGAAAUGUUGAUGAUGCAAGAGGCUAAAGCUUCUUGCAGUGGAAAGUGGUAUUUACCAGCUGGCAGAGUAGAACAAAAUGAAGACCUGUUCAGUGCAGUAAAGAGAGAAGUCCUGGAAGAGACAGGACUAGUGCUGGCACCAACAACUUUAAUACUGGUAGAAUGUGCUAAUGGUACAUGGUUUCGCUUUGUGUUUACUGGAGACAUAAUUGGUGGUACUUUAAAAACACCUGAUCAAGCAAACGAGGAAUCUCUGCAGGCAUGCUGGGUACGAAAUAUAAAUGACUUGCCAUUAAGAUCUAAUGAUAUCAUCUAUCUGUUGGACAGAGGCAAGAGUUAUGUUUUGAAUAAGACUGUUCCUCAACAUCCUCAAUUGAUGCCUGUGAUCAAAUCUCAUGCAAAACUAUUGCUGAGAUUAACAGUCACAUCUAAGAAAAGAGCAACGAACAGGUUGCAUGUGCUUCUUUCUGAUACAGAACAAUAUGAUCUGCCAGUCUGUGAAAUCAAUCCAAAUCGUAGUUUAUUGUCUACUUUGCAUAGCUUUAUGACAGAAAUAUUCGGGGACGACGUAGCGCAACAUAAGCCGCACGGCUUGUUGUCCGUAGAAUUUAGCGGCGGACAAGGAGGAGACGGUCUUUGCUUAACAUUAUUGGUAUCCUUCAAAUUGCCUUUAGAAGAUGUGCCUAUAAUCGGAAAGUACAUUUGGCAUGAACUUUCUGAGAACGUGGCGGAAGCUCUUGAAGCUCGUCUGCCGCGAAACAUGACUGUGCCGUUAAAAGUCGUACGUUAAUCGUACGCGAACGUUUUAUCAAGCAAUAACACAUUUGUUCCGUGAAAGUAACCAGCAACAGUAGAAGGUUCAAAGAAUCUUUGCAAGAAUCUUUUACUAAGACAAUGUUUAUCACAUUAACAUCAUAGUUACCCUAGUCUAAACCAAUGACUUUAUAACAGAUAUUAAUACAUAACAGAUAACAUUCCAUAUUUUUAUCUAUAUAAAUAAAUACAAAGUAAUAAUUAUUGUAGACAGCUAAACUAUUAAUUUUACAAUGAUAGUAACAUGGGAUCAAGCUUCUCACCUUAAAAGUAUUAUAAUACAUUCCGAGUGAGGAAAAGAUUGUGCAAUCAUUAAUAUUAUAUGUAUAAAUUGUUAAACUUUGAAGUAUUCAUGAUUUAAACUGGAUAUGUCUAAAAAGAUGACUAAGAUUUAGAUAUUAUAUCUAAUUUCAAAUUUGAUAGAUAAAUAUAUAUAAUAUAAAGUAAAAUGUAAUGUAAUUUUUGAAAUUGUACAUAAUUGUAACAAAAGGAAAUCACGAAUGCCAAAUCUAGUUUGUUUAAAAAUUUAUUAUUAAACAUUGCUACACAAAAAUUAUUCGGAAAUGUUAAAUAGGAUAGAAUUUUAUAUUCAACCAAUAUAAGCAUACGAAAGUUACAUAGUUUUUAACUUCUAUCUCACUUGCAAACUAUAUCACUCAAUCAAUAUCUGCUAUACGAACAAUAUAAAAAACCGAGAGUAAAUAGUUUAAUGAAAUAGAUUCUAUAACAAUUAGAAAUAAAUAUAAAAAAUAGCGAUAACAAAAAUUUUAACGAGCAAUUUUUCCAUUGUCAUCAAUUUAUUUUAUACAUAAAAUUGCACAUAGGAUCUCAAAAUCCAAAUGGAUAUCGCUCAUUUUCAUUAUUUAUGUUUUAUACGAUCAAGAUA